AUGUACCUAGCUCUAAGAGGAGAGAAGCAAGAUGUACCAUGGAAGAAUCUCAUGAGGGGCAAUUUAGCUAGACCGCGUGCUGCUUUCGUUUUCUGGAUGGCUUGCCAUAGCCGGUUACUUACCAAAGAUAGGCUUAUCAAAUUUGGUAUUGUCAAUGAUGGCAAGUGUGUCUUUUGUGGUGAAGCUGAGACCUGUAACCAUUUGUUCUACGAGUGCAGGGUAACUAGAGAAAUAUGGAAGAAUUGCUUGGACUGGUUGCACUUGCAGCACCACCCGAGUGGCUGGACUCAGGAGCUAGAGUGGAUUAAUCUUCAUGCUAGAGGCAAGAGCAAUCGUGCCAGGAUGCUGAAAUUAUGUGCUACUGAAACUCUCUAUCAUGUUUGGAUUUGGUGCAAUAGAAGGGUUUUCAAACAGGAGGCAGGGCUUGAUGCUAGCUUUAUUCAUAUUAGAGACACUGUCAAGGAACGUUCCAAGAGGGACAGAAAAUUAUGGGCCUUUUGUAAUACUCUUUAA